CACGUUAGUAUCUCUAGGAACUAGUGAUCAUCCAUUUUGUCGUCAUUGCAAUUUCUGGUUGUGCCUGUUAUGCUGCAAGCAGCUGGACUUGGAAAUGAGCUUCCUUUCUAGUAUUUACGCGAAGGUUUUGGGAACGAACUCAAAGAAAUCGGAGGAAACCAGUUCGGACGGUGGAAACGGUUUCGCAGAAGCAUACGACAAUGAAGACGGCUUUGUAUUGUACACUCCUUAUCAAAACAAGCGAUGCAAGCAAUCUGAUUACAACCCUGAAUCUAGAAAUGUGAAAGUGUUUGAAAAUUACCAGAAGAGCUGUUCAUAUCCACCAACAGGUUCAACUGCUUACACAACAUCUACUUCAAAGACAGCAUCAAAAAAGAACACAACUUUCAUUACAGUCUCUGAUAUUCCAAUGGAACUGUCUAAACAAUUGCAAGCUAUUUUACACACAAAUCAAAGGACUGGUAAUGUCCUGAGAAAAGCUUUGCCAAAUAUCGAUCAAUACAAUUAUGACUUUUCACUGGAGAGAGCUGUCAUCAGUUCAUUAGAGGGGAUUUCAUGACUUUUUAUCAAGCUCUGGAACAUUUGCAAAUUUGAUUUUGCAUCACAAAGACUUCAUGGAUAAGUCAGGACAUUAGCGUUGAAUCCUUUCUCUCCCUGAAGGGAAAAAUCUGUGGACUUUCUGCAUAUGUUACUACAAUGUCAUUCAGAGAAUGAGUAGGGCUUAGAAAAUUACAUAAUACCAAAUUCUCAAGAAUAGCCGUCAUUGGGAUGUGUGGUCAUCUAUUAGGAAAAUUAGCCCAUCAUUAGUCGGACCAGAGUAAAAGGGUUGAAAGAUUGAAACGGACAGCAUAUGGACUAGACUAGACUAGAAAGUAAAACAGUCAGAUUACUUGACGUGUCUUUUGUAAUUACAAUAGCAUGUAGUA